GCCAUGCAUCCUCCAGCUAAGCGCCUCUGCCCCAGCCCAGCCAAUUCCCUGGACCGGAGCUUCCAGAAGCGCCUCAUGAAAGUUUCAAUUGAAGGGAAUAUUGCUGCAGGGAAAUCUACAUUUGUCCAUAUGCUAGAGAAAUAUAAUGAUGAAUGGGAAAUAAUUCCUGAACCAAUAGCUAAGUGGUGCAAUAUUCAGACAUCUGAGAACCAGUAUGAAGAGCUUUCAACAUCUCAAAAGAAUGGAGGAAACCUGCUUCAGAUGUUGUACAGCAAGCCUACAAGGUGGGCUUCCACCUUCCAAACAUAUGCUUGUUUGAGUAGAGUUAAAGCACAAUUAAAACCCAUCUCUGCCAAACUACAUGAAGCAGACCAUCCUGUGCAGUUUUUUGAAAGAUCAGUCUACAGUGAUAGGUAUGUUUUUGCCUCUAACUUAUUUGAAUCGGGAGACAUCAAUGAAACAGAGUGGGCAAUUUAUAAGGACUGGCAUACAUGGCUUCUGAAACAGUUUGAAUCAGCCAUAGAGUUAGAUGGUAUUAUCUAUCUCCGGACAAGCCCCCAGAAAUGCAUGGAACGGCUGCAGUAUAGAGGCAGAGAAGAAGAACAAGGAAUUAAACUGCAGUAUCUGGAGAGUCUUCACUACAAACAUGAAUCCUGGCUUCAAGAAAGGACAAUGAAGGUGGAUUUUGACAAUCUUAGAGACAUACCCAUUUUGGUUUUGGAUAUUAAUGAAGAUUUCAAAAAUGAUGAAAUAAAACAGCAGAAUUUAUUGGAUAAAGUCAAGGCUUUUCUGACUGCUUAGGAACGAAGAUGCUUCCAUUUUAUAAACUAUCUGGAAUGGGAAUAUAAUACGUGCAUGGCAAAUCUUUCUUAAUGCUAUUUUUCUUCUAUCUGAAUUUGUAAGACCAUGAUGUGUCUGAGAAUUAAGGAGCUUUUAUACAAGAGCAAAGAGACACUGACUGUGCCAGAGGCACUCUUUAUGAUUGGAGUUCUUCUCAAGUGAGUGUGGUAACUCACUUUUAGGAGAAAACCUUGUGAAAAUAAAUUUAUUACAUUACCUAAAUAGGAAUGCAUCACCUUAACAGGUUAAUUGUGAUCAGCUGUGUGUACUUGGUAUACUUUAAA